GGGGGGACGCGCGCAUGUGACAGGCUUUGGACGUUUCCAUUUAUACCAGUAAGGCAGGGGAUUGAAUCUCUCCAUCGGGAGCUGCGUUAUUAAAAAUCACCGGCGGCUGGCGUUUCCAAACAUUGCUCUCCUCAGCUCGUCCGUCGCCUGCGGAUCGUCACAGCACCAUGCGAGCAGGAGAGACGCGCCCUGUGCCAUGCUGAACGACUCUCCGACUCUCCUGCUGGCUCUGACAGCUGUGGCCGGACUGCUCCAGCGAUGCCAGGGCUGGAGCGACGAAGACCUCCUCCUGCCGCCCAUCAACUCCUCCAACAGGUUCCUGGCCAACCUGGAGGUGGACGUGCGCUUCUCCAAGAGGUCCGUGGAGGAGAGCGACGCCUCGCCCGACGCCUCCUCCCUGCAGACUCUGUCCCAGUGCAACGUGAGCGUGCAGAGACUCCUGCCCACCUCGCUGGUGGCUCGCUGGGACAGCAGCUUCGGCUUCCAGUGUGAUGUGCUCAUCUACACCACCAACAACCACGGAAGGGCUUUUUUCUCCGCGGCGUUCAACAGGGCGAUCUCGCCUGUCGUCAUCGAGCACCUCGGGGUCACCGGGGGUCAGCAGGAGCUGCGGCUGUGCGUGGGCUGCGGGAUGUCCCGGUACCGGAGGUUUGGUCAGGGCAGAUCGAGGGGCCAGCAGACCGGGGAUCAGGUCACUUUCUGCUGCGUGGAUUUCAGCCUCGACGAGCUGAAGGGGGACAAAAGUUGGAGGCUGAACAGAAAACCAAUCGAGUCGACACUUGUGGCUUGUUUCAUGACUUUGGUCAUCAUUGUGUGGAGUGUUGCUGCUCUCAUAUGGCCAGUCCCGAUCAUUGCAGGAUUUCUGCCCAAUGGGAUGGAGCAAAGGAGACCCAGAUAAUUGAAAUAAUCUUUAUUAUAAUUAGCCUGUGCUGCCUAUACUAUAACUGUAGCCAUUCAACUGCUCACCUGAAUGAAUGAAUGAAUGAUUGAGGAGCUUUGGAGAACUUUUUGAUCAAAUGCUUUAGUUUUGGGUGUUCUUGUUAGAGCUCCUCCUCAUUAGGACAAACAAGGUAAAGUAUGAUGGAAUUAUACUAGCCAAUAGUAAUCUAUACUGGGACCAAUGUGUUUUGUAUACCCUUGUAGGCCUUCCUAUAGAUUAUGUCAACGUAAACUGUGCAAACUUUUCUCUUUAAACAGUGUUUGUAUAGUUUUUAAUCUUUCUAGAAAGUUUUUUGCCUUAUCCCUCCCAUGUGUAGGACUUUUGCACUGACAACUGAACUUUAAAGUGUACCUGCCGUAUAUAACCAGUUAAUAGUCAUGUUCAAAGUAAAUGUAAUAGUUUUUUUUCCAAUACGUUCUGAAAAAUAGAUGUUGUUUAUGAUUGACCUGGAGAGGGUUUCAAUAAUUAUUAUAUUGUUAGAUUUAUAAUGUCAAGUUCAAUAUACGUGCUUAUUUGUAUUCAUGUUCCGAAGGUUUCAAUGAAAAUAAAAUUGAUUAUAGGCUAUAUCUCAGAUUCUGUCUGACCUGUUCUCUGUAGCCUAAAUCAAUUUACUUG